AUGAAUUCGAACUUGGAUAUUCUCCCACUCUUUCUUUCUUUCUUUCUUUCUUUCUUUCUUUCUUUCUCUCUUUUUCUCUCUAUUUCAUGUGGUGACGAUAUUUGCGUUGCUGAUCAUUCAAUUGGAAUAAAGCCGUGUUUGUUUUCCUCUCUUGUUUUAGGGCAUAACGGCCACUUCCGUGGUCUGCAGACCGCCUUUGCGGCUAAAAAACACCUCUUUUCGCGCCACGCCCUGUUUACAGCUUCAUCCUCACAGCCUCUAUCUAUCUAUCUAUUAUUAUUAUUAUUAUUAUUAUUAUUAUUAUUAUAUGUAGUCGUCGUCGUCGUAAUCGUAUCGUCCAUUUUCUUUCUUUCUUUCAUUCUUUCUUUCGUUCUUUCUUUCUUUGUUUUCCUCGCGUAUUUUCUCAUUAUCCAUUGUAAAUAUUUCCUUCUUUCUUUCUUUCUUUCUUUCUUUCUUUCUUUCUUUUCCAUUUAUUACUUUAUUUUUCAGUCGUCCAUUUUCUUUCUUUCUUUCUUUCUUUCUCUCUUGUCCAUUUUCUUUCUUUAUUUCUUUCUUUCUUUCUCUCGUUCUUUAUUUCUUUCUUUCUUUCUUUCUUUCUUUCUUUCUUUCUUCUGCUCGCGUAUUUUCUCAUUAUCUAUUGCCAAUUUUUACUUGCUUUCUUUCUUUCUUUUCCAUUUAUUUUUUCUCUUACGUUUUUAUUUUUGUCUUUUCUUUCUGUCUUCCUCUCUUUUUUCUUUAUAUUUCAGUAGUCCAUUUUCUUUCUUUCUUUCUUUCUUUCUUUUUUUCUUUCUUUCUUCUCCUCGCGUAUUUUCUCAUUAUUUAUUGCCAAUAUUUCUUUCUUUCUUUCUUUCUUUCUUUCCAGGCUUGUCAAGUCAGUAA